UCACGGAUGUUUUGCGUUUACCGGAUACACGUUUCUGCUCUCGAGUUCUGAUUCACCUGGUGACAUUAAAACCAUCAACCGGCUCUCGGUGAGACCACAGGCACGCCACCACAGUGAGAGCACGCCACCUUCUCUGUUAACGGAACCCGUUGUUGUUACGGUUGCGAUGUUCCUGUCGUCGGUACCGGCGCGCGUCCUGAUGCGAAGGUCGCGCAGUCUGUCGCCGCGCCGCGCGCUGCAGGUAGGCUGAUCCCAGCGUCACCGAAAAUCUCAGACACCGAAUAUUUCAGAACACCGGAGCCCAGUGGCCAGCGGAUCGCGCGCGGCCAGGAAGAGCGUCGCGAGCGAGGAGUCGCGCGUGCAGUACCAUCAGCUGGCCAGCAGAUGGCGCGUGAGUCUGGAGACCCGGCGGAGCAGCUGGGCGAGUGUGACCGCCGCGGGGCGCUGCAGAGGCGGACACCAGAGCCGCUCAGAGUCCGCUGCUGCUGCUGGAGCCGCGGGCGUCGCGGGCGUCAUCUCCGCCGCGGCGCUCGCCUUCUGUUUGAAGAAAGACAGCGAUGAUAAAGCUGAAGCUCUUCUGGAUGCGGCCAGAUCCAGUAACACCGAGGAAGUUAUCAGGUUGUUGGCGCUGGGAGUCGAUCCGAACACUCGACACCGUUUGGGCUGGACACCUCUCAUGGUGGCUGCGAUGAAUAGACAGCACAAUGUGGUGAAGGUGCUGCUGGAGGCGGGUGCAGAUCCAAACCUGGGCGAUGACUUCAGCAGUGUGUAUGAAACAGCUCGAGAGAAGGGCGUUCACUCAUUAGAGGUGCUGGUGAGCCGCGAGGACGAGUUUAGCAAUCGUCUCAGCAGGCGUUCCUUCCGGGGCUGUUCUGCUCUGCAUUACGCCGUGCUGACCGAUGACCCACGGACCGUCCGGAUGCUGCUGGACGCAGGUGCCAACCCCUUACAGAAGAACGAGCUGGGACACACGCCGCUGACGUACGCCAAAGAGGGAGAGACGGCCACGCUGCUGAAAGAGGCCCAGAACACGUUUGCGGAGGCGCAGCAGAAGCGCGAGGCGGAGGAGAGAAGGAAGUUUCCUCUGGAGCGCAGACUGAAAGAGCACAUCAUUGGACAGGAAGGAGCCAUCAAUACAGUUGCAUCAGCCAUUAGGAGGAAGGAGAACGGCUGGUACGAUGAAGAGCAUCCCCUCGUCUUCCUCUUCCUGGGCUCAUCUGGAAUCGGUAAAACUGAGCUGGCAAAGCAAGUGGCACGAUACAUGCAUAAAGACAUUAAGAAGGGUUUCAUCCGGAUGGACAUGUCUGAAUUUCAGGAGAAACAUGAGGUGGCGAAGUUCAUCGGUUCUCCUCCAGGAUAUGUGGGUCAUGAGGAAGGUGGUCAGCUGACCAAACAGCUCAAACAGUGUCCGAACGCCGUGGUUCUGUUCGACGAGGUGGAUAAAGCUCAUCCAGACGUGCUGACCAUCAUGUUACAGCUCUUUGACGAGGGUCGACUGACUGAUGGGAAGGGGAAGACGAUCGAGUGUAAAGAUGCCAUCUUCAUCAUGACGUCUAAUGCAGCUAGUGAUGAGAUUGCCCAGCAUGCAUUGCAGCUGAGAGAGGAAGCUCAGGAGCAGAGCCGCCGGCGUCUGGCUGAGAAUCUGGAGGAUGUUCAGAAGAGCGAGAAGAUCACCAUCUCCAGCUCCUUCAAAGAGCAGGUGAUCCGCCCCAUCCUGAAGGCUCAUUUCCGACGGGACGAGUUUCUGGGGAGGAUCAACGAGAUCGUUUACUUCCUGCCGUUCUGUCACUCUGAACUCAUUCAGCUGGUCAGCAGAGAGCUCAGCUACUGGGCCAAGAAGGCCAAGCAGAGGCACAACAUCACGCUGCUGUGGGAGCGUCCCGUGCUGGAGCUGCUGGUGCGAGGAUAUAACCUGCAUUACGGCGCGCGCUCCAUCAAACACGAGGUGGAGCGGCGGGUGGUCAAUCAGCUGGCGGCUGCGUAUGAACAGGAGCUGCUUCCGAAGGGCUGUACGCUGCGUCUGGUCGUCGACGGAGGACAAGAGAAGGAUGGAGCUCCAGCUCUGCGUCUGGAGGUGGUGGGUGAAGACCGCACCACCCGAAAACUGGACAUCCGCCCGCCGCUGAACCCCGAGGACGUGACACACACCCACCGACAUCACUGAGUCUCACAGACAGCAGCUUCAGUGCAGUAACGCUCACACACACACAUCAGAUUAUUGACAGAAACAUAAACAUGACCUAUGCAGACAUACUCCUAACAUUAAUAACACACAUAAAUCCCAGCGGCUUUAUGAUGUUUGUAAUAAUGCAGAUCUUCAUCACGCUUCCAGAGCGUUUGUCACAUGUACAGACAUAAAGAUGUGUAUGUUUAUGGAAGUUAAAGUAUAUGAGAGAAAGUCAUGUGAUCACUAAUGUUUGUUUUCACCAGCAGGACGCCUUCAUCAAAGUCUAUUAUAUAGUACUUUAAAACACAGAUAUUUAGUUUUAGAUUAAAUUGUUAAUAUGAAAUCUAAAUGGAGAUGAUUUGUGUUUCUGUGCUGAUUGUAAGUGAUUCAUCAAAGAAAAACAAUAACACUUUACAAUAAGAUUUGAAUUGUUAACAUUGCUUCACUAUAUGGCAAUGAAAAAUUAUUCUAAAUAUUAUAUAUAUAUUUGGUUACACUUUAUUUUAUUGUGUAAUUAUGCAUUUAAAUACUAAGUAAUAUUAAUUAAGCGCUUGUAUUUGCUAUAUGCUUAGGGUUAGGUCUUGUUGCAUGUAAUUAUGCAUAAUUCAUUGUUAUUACUAUUGUAAGUACAUGCAACGUAAAAGUCAAAUAAAGUGUGACAAAAGAUAACAAAGAUUGCUCACUGUUAAUUCAUGUUAAUAGAUUAACUAAUGUUAGCAAGUGAGAGCUUAUUGUGAAAUGUUACUGAGAAAUGUCUGAAUCACAAUCUGAUGUCAUCGAUCAGUGUCAUCCACAUCAGAGGAAGUUUUGUCUUAAAUAUUCAGUUAUGCUUUGAAUGUAUGUAAAAGUACAGAAGCAAAGUGGUUUGGCAUGUUGAUUUUAACCACACACAAAAAACUACAGUUUGUUAUAAUUCAAGUGAUCAGAAGAGAAAGUGCAUCGAUGAAGUCCUGAAACGUGAGGAUCUUCAGGAGCUUCAGUGUGAAACAUCAGUGUUUGUUACAGGUUUAUUUACAGGUUUAACUGCAAAUCAAAUUUGUUUUUUAUUCUUAUACACAAAGCUAAAUAAAGUUGAGAAAGUCAAA